UCAACCAUCACUGUGUGUUUGAACGUUUUAUUCAGAGCUUUUCUCGCACACAAAGGGUUACUCUUCUCAGUCACUCAAACAAAAGUCUAUUUUUUCAUUGCUCUACUAAUUUUAUUACAAAAACAUGUUUCUUGAUUAGUCCAUAGCUUAUUAAUGUUAUUAUAGCGGAAUUAGUAUAUAGCUUAUAUGUGGCUAGCGUAAUCUAAUUAAUGUGAUUGAACAGUAAAGUAAAAGUGUUCUAAUGGAAAAGGUAUACAACAUAUGCAAACAGCGUAACGGAGCUUUAUGCACACAUACUUGAAGACAACCAUUCGGCACCAAUGUCAGUUCAAAACGUAGCACAACAUCCACCCAAUCGAACUCCAAUGGAAUCGAUUUCAACGCAAUACGAAAGUUCAGGCAGCAUGAGCAUGUGGGAAGCACUUGUACAAGUGGCUACUCAGCGAUACGAAGAACUGCUGGAAGACGAAAGGCGUCAGAAGGAACGGCAAAAGCAAGAAACAUCGAUGAUGGUUGGCGGACAGUGUGAAGCAGAUCAGCAAUCGUCGGACCAAUCAGCGACGUUGAUACGAAGUGCUGAGAUUUCGAUCGCAGAGAAUGUAACGGUUGGCGGCGAAGAUGAAGACGAAGAAGACCCAGGACGGUUGGUGAUCGAUGAAAGUGCAGCGGAGGUUCCGAAGGCGGAAUCAGUGGUGGAUCAAGUGGUACCAGUACUGAAUGGAACAGAAGAACAGAAACAGCACAUUCAACAGCAACGAGAAACGGUAAUUCAACCUUGCCGGAGCAGUAGUGUGAACAGUGGAGGUGGCGACAACGGUCCAGCGGUACCGGAUCAAGGUGAGUCCCCUCAGGUUCGUCUCCAAGCGGCAACGUUGACAACUGGGGUUAGACCAAUCCGGCAGCCAAAGCACAUGUCUCAGGUAACAUUUAAUCGUUUCAUGCCCUAUCAAAUCCCGAUGUCGUACAACAAAAAUAUGGCACGUAAAUUUCCGGGAGCAGAAUGCCGUACCCCGGAGCAGCAAGCGGUCCGCGAGAAGAACACCAUCGCUGCCCGGCAGAGUCGCGCCAAGAUGCGAAUGAUGGACGAGAUGCUGCAGCAGGAGGCGAGCAACGAAAAAACGCACAACCACUACAUGAAGGAACGAAUGGCAGGGCUUUUCACGUAUGCGAAUGUUCUUCGGGAUAAGAUAGGAUUAGAGGAGACAGAUUUCCUUGAAGAAUUUGAGCGCGUCAAACAGGACUAUGUCCCAGGGCCGAUGCGGACGCACUACGUACGGAAUCGAUCGCGCUCGGGACAAGGCAACGGGGAAAACGGCCAAUCCAGUCCAUUUGGUCUGAAUGGUCAUGUUGCAAGUGCCGGAGAGUCCGAUGUAGCAUUGAAUGAAAAGUCAAACGAGAUUACAAACGGUAGCGAAACGGAUAGUGCUCCAGAACCCGAUGGUACCGUGCUUGACCUUUCGGUUAAGAGUAAACGUGAUAGGAGCGUCGGAAAUGGAGUGUUUUAAUUUGAAUGAUUUGUGAGCGUGAAAGUUUUAAAUAUUUAUUUGUAUGUUCAUCGUAAUUUAAUAUGUGUAACACGUUUUUAAGAACUUAUAAUCCGUUCCGCUAACAACAAUUACAUGACAAGGUUGACGAGUUCAUACCAUCAACUUACGCAAAUACGCUUGAAUUACGCUUAUAGUCUUAAUCCCAGUUAAAAACAAUAUCAAAUGGAGGUCGAAAGUUUAUCAAAAUCUCGAAAGUUUAUCAGCACUUGUGAAAUACAUAUUUGUAAAAGCAAUAAAAGUGUAAUUGUACAUACAUUUAAAAUACAACUCAA